GUGAGAGCCAGACCCGGUGGAUGCGGGGGUGUCCGGUCUGACCCGGCCCGGCAGCUGGAGAAUGAAAGAGGCGUCGGGAUAAAGGAGCACCUCCUCCUGUUUCUCCUCCUGUAGCGGCGGAGCCUCCGCUGCCCUUCCGGCGGAGCUAUGCGGAGCCCGGCAGCCGGUGCAGCCGUGAUAUUGUGCUUAUUUCUGGAGUCUGUGGAAGCCAAAAAGUACUGCUGGUAUUUUGAAGGGGGUUAUCCUAUCUACUUCAUAUGUCGCUCCUAUGAGGACUGCUGCGGUACUCGCUGCUGUGUCCGAGCCCUGUCCAUCCAGAGACUCUGGUACUUCUGGGUGCUGCUCAUGAUGGGGGUGCUGUUCUGUUGUGGAGCGGGCUUCUUCAUCCGCAGGAGGAUGUAUCCAUACCCCCUGAGAGACGAGCCCGCCUUCAACGUUUCCUUCACCAGACAUACCAUCACCACUCCAGUUUCUCAGCAGCCGGGCAGUCUGCAGGCCUCAUACGGGAUGACAGGAGGCGACAUGAUGACUCACCCUGCGUACCCCGCACAACCUAGCUCCGCCCACAUGAUGAUGACCUCCUAUCCACCACCUCCGUCCUACUGCAACCACCCGCCACCGCCGUAUGAACAGAUAUUUCAGAACAACGAGAAGAAGUAAAUGAAGGAACUGAAGAGCAAGAAGAAGGGUGGAGUCGAGGAGCGUCAGUUAUUUAUAAACCUGUUAGUGGUGUCAAGUGAAGCAUUACUGUAAAUAAACAGUGACACACACAC